AUGCUGUUCAUUGACUACAGCUCGGCAUUCAACACCAUAGUACCCUCCAAACUCGUCAUCAAGCUGGGUCUCGACCUCACCCUGUGCAACUGGGUCCUGGACUUUGACGGGCCGCCCCCAGGUGGUGAGGAUGUCCCGUCAGUAGAUGUCCCGUCAGUAGAUGGUCCGUCAGUAGAUGUCCUGUCAGUAGAUGUCCCGUCAGUAGAUGUCCCGUCAGUAGAUGUCCUGUCAGUAGAUGACCCGUCAGUAGAUGGCCUGUCAGUAGAUGACCUGUCAGUAGAUGACUGUAAUGUCCUGUCAGUAGAUGGCCUGUCAGUAGAUGACCUGUCAGUAGAUGACCUGUCAGUAGAUGUCCUGUCAGUAGAUGACCCGUCAGUAGAUGACUGUAAUGUCCGGUCAGUAGAUGGCCUGUCAGUAGAUGACCUGUCAGUAGAUGACCUGUCAGUAGAUGUCCCGUCAGUAGAUGACUGUAAUGUCCUGUCAGUAGAUGACCUGUCAGUAGAUGGCCUGUCAGUAGAUGACCUGUCAGUAGAUGACCUGUCAGUAGAUGACCCGUCAGUAGAUGACUGUAAUGUCCCGUCAGUAGAUGGCCUGUCAGUAGAUGACCUGUCAGUAGAUGACCUGUCAGUAGAUGACCUGUCAGUAGAUGGCCUGUCAGUAGAUGGCCUGUCAGUAGAUGGCCUGUCAGUAGAUGACCUGUCAGUAGAUGGCCUGUCAGUAGAUGGCCUGUCAGUAGAUGGCCUGUCAGUAGAUGACUGUAAUGUCCUGUCAGUAGAUGUCCCGUCAGUAGAUGUCCUGUCAGUAGAUGACUGUAAUGUCCUGUCAGUAGAUGGCCUGUCAGUAGAUGACCUGUCAGUAGAUGACUGUAAUGUCCUGUCAGUAGAUGUCCCGUCAGUAGAUGUCCCGUCAGUAGAUGACUGUAAUGUCCUGUCAGUAGAUGGCCUGUCAGUAGAUGGCCUGUCAGUAGAUGACUGUAAUGUCCUGUCAGUAGAUGGCCUGUCAGUAGAUGGCCUGUCAGUAGAUGACUGUAAUGUCCUGUCAGUAGAUGGCCUGUCAGUAGAUGGCCUGUCAGUAGAUGGCCUGUCAGUAGAUGGCCUAGUUGACCGAGGGCGUCUGGCGGCCCUAACCAGAGCAGUGGUGGUGAUCGCUGUGGGAGUUCCCUUGUGGUGGAAGACCACUGAGACAUACAGGGCAUGGCUACCUGUCACCCAGAUCAACCAGCUAGCUCAGCUGCAGCUACAGUUGAGUGUGGAAGUGGAGGUGGUGUUCUCUAGAGGAACUCUGACUGCUGAACACCAGAAGAAGAUUGAUCCCACACACACACGCCUGGAGGAGCACCCUGUGGACGAGACCACAUUGUUGAGUUACAGGUAUGAGACUAGAUACAGGACAGCUACCAUCAUGGAGGAAGAUGCCCUGAACCAGCCCACUGCAGCAGAGACGGAUCUGUCUCUUCAUCUGCUCAGUGAGAGCCCCUGUGGCUCCGUGGUCAUCUAUGUGGUCCCAGAAUCCUCCACACUGCUACCUGAGGGUGUGAGUGUGUACGUGGGUCAGCGGCGGACGGCGCUGUUGCGUGCGGGGAGGCCAAUGAGAGUGGGCGUCGGCCUGAAGGAGGUGCUAGCCCACCUGGAGACCCAGGUACAACAGGUUCUCAAGGUCAUGUCAUUCAGCCACAGUGACAUCACCGCUGCCCUGAGCGACCGCAUGAGAUGGUGUAGAUGGUCUGAUUCUCAGUGGUGUAGAUGGUACAAUGAUUCUCCAUUUUCUCUCUCUUCUACCCCCCCUGCAGGUUAUGAAAUAACCUUCAGCCUGUUGAACCCUGACCCUAAGUCUCACCAUCUGCACUGGGACAUAGAGGCAGCAGUCCAGAGUUAUAUCCAGCCUCUCCUGUCGAAGCUGGCCCCCGUGGCUGACUUCAGUCUGGACUCACAGAUCCUCUACUACGCCGUCCUAGGGGUCAACCCACGUUUCGAUCCCUCACUCAACGCCUACACACUCAACGCUGACAGCCUGUCUCACGUCAUUAACCCCGUAGAGGCCAGGCUGGGCUCCAGCGCUGCGUCAUCCAACCCUGUCCUGAACUUCCUGCUGUAUGUUCCAGACGCACGUCACUCCCCCCUCUACAUCACCGACCACCACAAAUACACUGUUGUCUCCAACGCCUUCAGCUCCCCGCGCUGGGGUGGCAUCAUGGUGUAUAAUGUCAAUGGGACAGAGCUUCCUGUUCACAUCAACAUAGACAUGACCAGAGUGAUGGGAGUCUUCCUAGCACAGCUACGGCUGAUGCUGGGUGUCCAGUCGUCAACCCCUCCCCCUGGCUUCCUGGUUGGCCCGUGUGGCCCAGCGGGAUUGGCUGACUGGGAGUUGGAUCGCCUCCUGUGGAGUCGCAGUGUAGAGAACGUUGCCACGGCAACGACAACCAUCACCUCAUUGGCCCAGCUGCUGGACCAGAUAGGAAACAUCGUCAUCAACGACAACAUCGCAGAACAGGUGUCAGCAGCAGUUGCCUCUCUCCAGUUGGCUGUGGGUCAGUUGGAGGCGGGGAACCUGGGCCUGGCCCUGCAGUACAGUAAGGAAGCUAUCCUCCAUUCAGAACGAGCCUUCUUCGACCUCCUCCUCCACCUCCUCUAUUUCCCUGACGAUCAGAAGUUUGCCAUCUACAUCCCUCUCUUUCUGCCCAUGUGUGUCCCCAUCCUGCUCUCACUGCUCAAGAUGGGCGAGGUCCGCCAGAGGCGAAGGGAGAGACAGGACAAGAAGGAGUGAGAUGGAAGUUAUUAAGAUGGAAAGAUCGACCGAUGAACGGGCACACGCACAGUUGGUUCACUGAUCAACAAAGUGUUUAAAGGAAACUGUCUGGACUCAGAAAUUAUGUUAAGACCAUUAGAAAUACAUGGGGCCGUAUUGAUCAAACUUCUCACAGUAGGAGUGUUUAUUUAGGAUCAGUUUUGCCUUUCAGAACACAAUGAAUAAGAUUACAUGGACAGGGGGACCUGAUCCUAGAUCAGCACUGAUUACAUGGACAGGGGGACCUGAUCCUAGAUCAACACAGAUUACAUGGACAGGGGGACCUGAUCCUAGAUCAGCACUCCUCUAAUUAUAUGGACAGGGGGACCUGAUCCUAGAUCAACACUCCUCUGAUUACAUGGACAGGGGGACCUGAUCCUAGAUCAGCACUCCUCUAAUUAUAUGGACAGGGGGACCUGAUCCUAGAUCAACACUGAUUACAUGGACAGGGGGACCUGAUCCUAGAUCAACACUGAUUAUAUGGACAGGGGGACCUGAUCCUAGAUCAGCACUCCUCUAAUUACAUGGACAGGGGACCUGAUCCUAGAUCAGCACUCCUCUAAUUACAUGGACAGGGGACCUGAUCCUAGAUCAGCACUGAUUUCAUGGACAGGGGGACCUGAUCCUAGAUCAACACUGAUUAUAUGGACAGGGGGACCUGAUCCUAGAUCAGCACUCCUCUAAUUAUAUGGACAGGGGGACCUGAUCCUAGAUCAGCACUCCUCUAAUUACAUGGACAGGGGGACCUGAUCCUAGAUCAACACUGAUUAUAUGGACAGGGGGACCUGAUCCUAGAUCAACACUGAUUACAUGGACAGGGGGACCUGAUCCUAGAUCAACACUGAUUAUAUGGACAGGGGGACCUGAUCCUAGAUCAACACUCCUCUAAUUAUAUGGACAGGGGGACCUGAUCCUAGAUCAACACUCCUCUAAUUAUAUGGACAGGGGGACCUGAUCCUAGAUCAACACUGAUUACAUGGACAGGGGGACCUGAUCCUAGAUCAACACUGAUUACAUGGACAGGGGGACCUGAUCCUAGAUCAACACUCCUACUCUGAGCAGUGGUUGGAACCAAAAUUAUUUUCCAAUCGUUCCGUUCCGAGCAGAACCCUGUUCUUUAUGUUCCAUUCCGGUGUUCCGAGCAGAACCCUGUUCUUUAUGUUCCAUUCCGGUGUUCCGAGCAUAAGAAAGUUACUGUUUUAUAUAGUGGCUUUUCGUUACUUUAAAAAAACUGUGAAAUCAAUAUUGUUUUAACAUUUACAGUUAAAUAAAUGUAUGCCCCCAAUUAGCACCAAUGUGUUUAGGCUUUUACGAGCAUUAUAACUUCACCUACUUAUAUACUAGACAUAAGGAAUAUUUUUGGGGAAAAACGUUAUUAACCGGUAAUCAAGAUUUGAAAAUAACGGUUCUGUUCCCAGAACACGAGAGAUCCCUUUCGUUCCCGGUUCUGAUUUCGUUCCUCGGAAAACGUUGUUUUUCAGUUCUGUUCCCUGAACCGGUUCCAACCUCUGACUGAGAUACUUGAUACAUAUGCGGCCCCUGACAACCAGGCGUUUGCUGUAGUCUGAAACCACUGGUGGCAGAGGGUUGAUGCCAUCACCGUGGCGAUGUUGAAAUGUUUUUAGUUGGCUUUUAUUUGCCUGAUGUCUGAUCUGGAAGCAACAGGUCUGUCUUUUGCUGUAGCAACAAGGUUUAGAUUGUUUUAUUUGUGUUGGGAAUGAUGCUUUACUUACGCUCUGUCGAUUAUUGUACGAGAGGGACUCGUACGAUCAACUGGGAAUUCAUUGAUUUGGGGAAGGACUUUGUCUAUCUUUUUGUUUGUUUUAUGCUUUGUACAUGUUUAUGACAAUAAUAAAAAAAUCUAUGUUUGUUGAUAAAUA